UACCAAAUCCCGUGCGGCCCUUGAUUUCCCGCGGUUUCAGCACGGACCCGGCUGUUGCCCCUUUAUACCGGUGCGUGUGCUAGUUGUGGAUGGGUAAUUCCUUCGCCUCAAGUCGCCUAAUAUCCCUCAUAAAACCGAAAUCGAGUCUCCUCCGAUUGAAUUGGCGAUUGCCGAGUAAAUCGCCCGCUCCAGUGAACCGGCAGCUAGUUCCAGUGUCCAAAAUAACAGCUCUGAUCCCGUACAUCAUGCCGCCAAACAGAGUGCGUGCGUCUAAGGCCGCCUCAUCAUCAUCGAAAUCAAAGCCCGAGGUUGAAAACGCCUCGAACGACGAGGGAGACAGCGACGCAGCAGAAAUGGCGGUCGACGUGAAGAAGCCAGCGCCAAAAGGGAAGAAAAAGCCAGCAAAGGAGAAUGGAAUCGAAGAGAAGCCAAAGUCCACCCGAGGUCGCAAGAAGGCAGAGCCCCAGGAGGAGGACGAGGAUUUGCCAGAGCCCCCAAAGCCCUCAGCUCGAGGUAGGAAGAAGGCAGCCCCAGUGGAGGAGCCCCCAGAGGACCCAGAGCCCAAGAGAGCCCGAGGGAGGAAGAAAGAGGCCCCAGUGGAGGAGGACCCAGAGGAUGUCCCCAAGAAGUCGUCUCGAGGCAGAAAGAAGGCUGAGGCUGAGAACGGAGAUCAGGAUGAGGAGCCCAAGCCGAGAGGCAGGAAAAAGGCUGGGUCUGUGGAGCCCUCAGCCCCAGAGGAAGGCAAGAGAUCCCCCAGGGGACGGAAGAAGGCGUCUGCUAAGGAGUCCUCCGAGGAGCCUGAGGAGGAGCCUGAGAAGCCAGUGAAACGUGGCAGAAAAGCCAAGUUGGACGUUGUUGAGGAGGCAGCAGCUCCUGGGGAGGAGGAGGCUGAGGAGAAGGCCCCAGAGAAGGCCCCGGGGAAGCGGGGAAGGAAGCCGGCAGCUAAGGCCCCUGAGGACGACGAGGAAGAGGAGGAAAAGCCAGCAAAACGAGGACGAAAGGCAGCAAAGCCGAAGGAGCAGAAGGAGAAGGCUACGAAGGCCAAGAGACAGGAGUCUGGGGACGAUGACGACGAGCCAGCAGCCAAGAAGUCGAAGACAGAUGAGAAGAAGAAGGUGAACAAGGUGGAGACGAACCUGGAUGAGGUAGACUUCAGCUGUGAGAAGGCUAAUGCCAAGGGGGAGAGGCACAACCUGAAGAUCUGCUCGUGGAAUGUGGGAGGCAUCAGGUCUAUCACAGAGAAGAAGGGAGUGGAGUAUUGUGUUAAGGAGGAUGCUGAUAUUGUCUUUGUGCAGGAGACCAAGUGCAAGGAGGGGGAUUUGCCUGGGGUCUGGGACAUUCCAGGGUACAAACGGUACUACGCGGAUAGUGAGAAGGCUGGCUAUGCUGGGGUCGCUCUGUUCACGAAGGUGGAGCCUAUUGAGGUGAAGGUGGGACUGGAGACUUCGCCCUGCAAUGACGAGGGGAGGAUUAUCACAGCUGAGUUCGAGGGGUUCUACGUCGUUGGGGUUUACGUUCCCAAUGCUGGGAGGGGGCUGGUGACUCUGGAGAAGAGGCUCCAGUGGAAUGAGGCUUUCAAAAAGUACGUGAAGGAGCUGGAUGAGAAGAAACCAGUCAUCGUUUGUGGGGAUAUGAACGUGGCUCAUGAGGAGAUUGAUCUUGCUAAUCCAAAGACAAAUACCAAACAUGCUGGCUUCACCAAGGAGGAACGAGAGGGGAUGACUGACUUCCUGGGGGCUGGGUUUGUUGAUACAUUCCGUCAGUUGUAUCCUGAUCAGGCUGGGGCCUACACCUUCUGGUCGUACAUGUCGGACGCCAGGAGCAGAAAUGUCGGAUGGAGGCUCGAUUAUUUCAUCGUUUCGGAGAGGAUCAAGGAUAAUGUCUGUGACAAUGUCAUGAGGAACAAGGUCUAUGGCAGUGAUCAUUGUCCUAUUGUACUUUUUGCCAAUUUGUAAGGGGUGAGGGGCGAAGAGAGUGCAGGAGUUUUUUUAUUCUAUUACUACUUUAUUGAUAUGGAGAUGUUUCUGACUACAGUUUGGAGGAUGUCUGUUUAGUUUUGAGUUUUUUGUGGUUUUUUUCGUUUUUGGAGUCUUGAGAGGAGUCUGUAGUGAAUGUGUCAGGAUGUACUGGCUGGAGCCAUGAAUUUCUUUGAAAAAUAUAUACGUAAUUUUUCAAUU